GAAGUAUAGUAUUUGCGUGGCUAGCAUUGCACUGACUUAAAAAUUAAGCUGAUUCACACACGCUCUGCAAAAGACAACUUGACUUCACCAAGUCAGCAAUGGCGCGAUCUGCAAUGUAAACCCUAAAACCAAAGUAAGAGGAGUGCAUCUCUGAUUACCUAAUUCCCCUUCACUUGAGCUCAUUAUUCGAGUCACCCGCCACCCAUCUGCCUUCAUAAACAAACGAAUUUUAACAGAAAUUCGAGUGGGUUUGCACUCAAUGCAUACAUAAGUUCAGUGUUUCUCAAUGACGGCUGAAGUAGCAGCAGCAGCAGCUGCAAUGGGGGCACUGACCCAAGCCAAGACAGCAUUCUGGGCUCCAAUUGUGGACACAAUUGCCUCUUCAAAUAACAUGGAGGAGAUUUACACAGCAUUAAAGGAGGCAAUUGCAAUGUUAGGUGCUAAAAGGGAUGAUCAUCAAAAUGAAAUCCAAAGACGAAAGAUAAAGAUGCCUUCUAAAACUUAUGAUCAAUGGAUUCACAGAGUUAUUAAGACUGAAGAAGAAGUGAAGAAACUACUAGCCAGAUAUGACAAACAAAGUGAAAGCUCACAAAUAAUUUGUUUUCUUCCACGUUCAAAUUUCAGCAAUGAGAUGAAAAAAAAGGGUGAGAAAGUAAUCAAACUUUUGGAGGAUAGCAAUCAACUUGGGAGUAUUUUGGUUGAUCAACCACUGGAACCUGUUAUCAAGCUGAUAGCACCAAAUAUAAAAAAGUUUUCAACACUUCAAAUGCCACUAGAAGAUACAUUGGAUUUGCUGAAAAAAGACAAAGUUAAAGGAAUUGCAAUCUCUGGAAUGAUGGGGACUGGGAAAACAGCCAUUAUGAAGAACUUGAACAAUCAUGAAGAAGUAGCCAAAAGAUUUGAUAUGGUCAUGUGGAUAAAGGUUUCAGCAGGGGAGGGCAAUGAGAAUUUGGACAUGAGCCAGUUGCAAAAUGCUAUUGCUAAAAGGUUGAAAGUGGAUAUGGAAGGCACCAGUGAUUCUGACGACAUUGCCAAGAGAAUAUCAAAUGAGUUGAAUGGAAAAAGGUAUUUGCUACUUCUGGAUGACGUUAAAGCAGACCUUGAUAUACAUCAAAUGGGAAUCCCUCCUUGUGAGAAUGGGAGCAAGAUAGUAUUGACAACUAGAGAGAGCCAUAUUCGUUUCCCAAGAGUGGAUAGGGUGGUCAAGGUGACAUAUUUGUCUCCUAAGGAAUCAUUCAGAAUGUUUCAAGAUGUAGCAAAUUGCCCAAAACUUAAAGAUGAUCGUGAAGCAGAGGCAUGUGCAUGGAAAAUAAUCAGAGAGUGCGGUGGUCAUCCACUUUUAAUAAAUAUAAUAGCAAGUGUGUUCCAAAAGAAAGACUUGAAAUUAUGGAGUGAAGGAUUUAAAAGCUUGAAAAGAUUUUCAGAAAAAGGUCAACAUGAAUUGAAAGAAUUGAGGAAUGUGAUAAAAUUCUGUCACGAUGAUCUGGAAGAUACUCAAAGGAAAUGCUUACUAUAUGGUGUGUUAUAUCCUGAAGAAAAGGACAUUUAUAUAGAUUGUUUGUUGGAGUGUUGGGAAGCUGAAGAUUUCCUUGGUAAUGGUGGUGAUUCAAGAAAGGCAUAUAUCGACGGAAUUCAUAUAUUGAAUAGCCUUAAGGACAAGUCAUUACUCGAGGAACAUAAGAAUCCAAAAUAUGUUACGAUGCACAAAUGUAUCAGACAGGUACUCUUAUAUAUCUUGUCAGAUGAUCCUAACUAUAAACUUUUGGUGCAACAAAUGCCCCCAGAUGCAAAAUGUUGGAGUGAAAAGAUAUGGAUCUCUUUGAUUGGUAAGUUUGACAAGUUGCCAGAUUGCCCAAAUUGUGGCUCGCUCUCCACACUCUUCCUACAGAAAAAUUGGGCUUUGAAGAGUAUUCCUGCAUCAUUCUUUGAGCACAUGACAAGUCUCAAAGUUUUGGACUUGCUUCAUACCGGAAUUGAGUUAUUACCAUCAUCUCUAUCAAAAGUGAUCGGUCUCAAAGUGCUCUAUCUAAACUAUUGUGAAUAUUUGAUGGAACUCCCUUCUAGUUUAGAAAAACUUGAACAUCUUGAAGUGCUUGAUAUCCGGGGCAGUGGGUUCAGUAAUAUACCAUCUUUUAUUGGAAAUUUGAAGAGUCUAAGGCAUUUUCGAGUAUCCUUCGCCAAAUGUGAAAGUGAAAAUGAUACUAAAGAGGUGGAGUUUAAUUGCAAUAUGAUUUCCAACCUUUCUAAAUUGGAAGAAUUGAUCAUUGAUGUGAAAUCACUGAGACACCAAUCCAAUAAGGUGGUAGUGACUAUCAUAAAAAAUGUGGUUACUUUGAAAAAUUUGACAAAACUUCAGUUUUGCUUUUUAAAUGAGGAGGUUGUAGAUGUCAUUGAGGUGGGUACUCCUACUACUUAUCUCCGAAUCAAUUUUCCUGAAGCAAACAUUCUUUACACUUUUAUUGAGGAAACCCGCUCAUGGAGAAGCAUCCAAGACAUCCGGUCAUUUCAAUUUUUCAUUGAUUGCCCUAACUCAAAAUACCCUUGUAUUCCUAAAUUUUAUGAAUAUGAAAGGUAUGUUAGAUAUUGCAAUGGUGAAGGCAUCAAUCAUCCAAUUUUUGAGGUCCUCGCAAAUGUUGAUGCAUUCGAUUUGGUGAACAAGAAGGACAUCAAGCAUCUAUCAGACUUGGGAAUUCCAAGCAUGAAAGAGGUAAAAGGUUGUCAAAUUGAAAAUUGUACUGCACUUGAAACAGUCGUGGAUAGCGAAAUAUUGCCCAAUGUAAAGCAUUUAUACAUGAAGAAUUUACCAAAGUUGCAAAGCAUUUGGAAUGACCGAGUGGAUCCAGCUACUCUAACCAAACUGAAGACUCUGGUUUUGAGUAGCUGUCAAAUGUUGAGAAUUAUUUUUCCUCUAGUUGUGAUUCAACAUCUUCGUGAAAUUGAAUGUUUAAAGAUUGAAGACUGCCCAGAAAUUGUGGAAGUGGUUGAGCAAUCUGCAACCGCUGGAAAUCAGGAACUUCUGCCAAAACUGAGGAAAGUAGUACUUUGUGGCCUGCCAAAGUUGGGAAGUAUUUGCGCAGAUAAUUCAUUGAAGUGGCCAGCCUUGGAGAAGCUUAACAUUCAUAACUGCCCAGCCUUGAUCAAACUACCAUUCGGCAAAGAUAACGCAGAGAAUCUGAAACUUAUCCAAGUAGAAAAGCAGUGGUGGGAGAAUUUGCAGAAUCAAGAAGUGAAAGAGCAACUUCAGCAAUUUUGCACCUUCAGAUCCUAGAUUAUACAAACAUGGUGUUCGUGAGUUGGUCCAACGAGCUUUCCGAGAGAUCAUGUUCAGAAGUUUGGGUUUCUAUGCAUCCUCCCUCUGUUUGUUGAUACAUUCCAGUGGUUGUGGAGUUCUCCUGCUUGGUUUGGUUUGCUUCUUGCUUUUGUUCUGGUUGUUCUCUCAUUCUGUUUGGCAAGACAUAUAUAAGAAAUUAAAAACUUAAAUAUGAUGAUGAAGGCUUAAACUUGUUGUGUCAUAUUAUUAUUUAUGAUUUGAAUCACUUUUUUGUGUUUGUUUGAGACAUUUAAAAGUUCAUAAUACUGUUGCUCUCUCUCCAUAAUUAUAUCAUACCAUGAUUUUUU